UCACUAAAUGGCUGAUCCAUGCCAUCGACGAAGCUGUUCACUUGGUUCAACUCAAUGCUCUCAUUCAAACUUUAGCGUCCAGAACUCACAAAAUAUCAGCAAUAGAGGAAAUCCCCGCUGCACAUGUCCACAUCCUGGCUGCCCUCCUAGCGGUCGUGCCAGCGUUCAAGCUAGCCAUUUAGUACGACAUCCCUCUUUCACUUCUCACUGCACUAAUUUCCCCCAUGCAAUUUAUGAAUAUCCACUACGUUCAAGUUAUGCCCCAUCAUAUCUGUCCCGACCGUCUCUUCCUCAUUUUCAUCCAGCACCUCACUACCCGCCUUAUCGGGGGUUCUAUGGCGGUUUCCCAGAUCCCCGGAGGCGCGCACCCUCAGCCCCACCCAGUUCGAUGCCUUCCAUUUAUUCACAACAAAGUUACUAUGCUCCAAAAUAUCAUUGUGCCAAACUUUUUUACCCGGGUUAUGACGACAGAAACCCAGAAAAUGCUAUGCGACCAGUUUACCACCUACGAGCAUAUCCAAAGCAGCGCUCACAGCUUUAUGUGGCGGAGUACGAACACUUGGAACACCUGCACAGUUUUCCGAUUACCCAAGCGGAGUGGACUCUACCGUCGUUCAAACCCUUUUACUCUGUUGUUUACUUGAGAAACUGCCUCCUAGAACCAAUCUGUUGCGAUUCUUUUCGCAAUGUCUGCGUUGCGACAAUUGGUGGUAGAGGUAUUGCCAGCCAAUCACGAUCAAAUCAGCCUAUCACUUCAAGUCUUUGCGAUGGUUACUGUAGCCGUUGCGGUGUUUACCAUUCGGAAGAAAUUACCGAGUGUUGCGAUCGGCCAGGCACCAGUUUUGAAAGGUUCCAAAACAUCAUUCCCAUCCGUGUCAGUUCAGCUCCAUCUCCUACGCGUUCGCGUUCGUCAUACUCAGAACCACUUACGCUUGAGAACGAUGUCUACACUACUAGAACGGCAAUGAACUCAUCGUCAACGAGCUAUGCUCGGCGCAGACCCUACACACCGGAAACGACAACCUGCUCCACCUGCGGUCACCUUCACUUCAGUGACGACAGCUUCAGUACCACUAGUCCAUCGGUGGUGCGAUGGACUACAACUGAGAAGAGACAACGAUACUGUCCUCGACAUGGCUUUACCGAUACAUCAGUCGUUUCUACGAGUUAUACUGAUGGAAGUUCCAUCUCUAGUGGAUUGUGGGAACGGCAAGCUAUAGAUGAGCUUCAGAAACUACAAAAUAUUCUUGGACUAAAAUGCACGAAAAUUGACAGAGCGCCUCUUUCCUAUGACUCGGAAUGCCUUACUUGUGAUUCUUUUGACCUUUUCUCGAAUGCAAGUACUGCGAAUCCCAUCUGUCAGUGUCGAGAGUGCGUGAAAACAAAGGGGUUGGGGACAAAGGUUGAACCGUCGAAAGCCAAUCAAGCUUAUGUUGGAGAGCAGGAAAUCGUGUGCGUUAGCUGCUCACCAUGUUCGCACACUAUGGUUUCUGUACCAAGUAUAUCUGGGAACACCGCCCAGCAGAUCCAGGCCCCACCCAGUCCAAGUGAUGCUGAGUACGUCUCAGCGGUAGCACAACCAAACGAACUCAGCUCAACAGUGUCUGGACCACGUGAGGACAGUAGAUCUGGAGGACGCGACGUUCGAAGACCGCUUGUUCGCUCAUUGUGUGACAAAGUGGAGGAGCAUGAUUGCAACACUGCAUCAGUUUCAACUGCACAACCGAUUUAUGAUCCAAGCUGCAGUCAAUGUGCUGAAGACCGAUUUGCUGACAGACUACGUGAAUCAUUGGAUGAAAGCUGCACAUGUGUACCUGUUCUGCGAGUCGAUUCAGGUGGAAGCAUCUCCCUUAUCAAUACCACAGUAGUGACACCUAAAGAUACUGUCAUGGACAAAAGGCAUAAGCGAAGUCUUGUAAGGUAUAUCGAAAAAGCCACAGGAGGAGGGGCACGUGCAAGAGAUGCGGUGAUUCAUUGGGUGCGCAGCAACUAUUUGUUUCAGAACAGCAAAACACUGGAAGAGAGCUAAGAAAGAGAAGUGAUUUGUAAGCAGAAAAAUUUGAGAGAGC